AUGCUGCCCUAUUUUGAUUACCAGUUCCGUGUCAUCAUAAUUGGUGAUAGUAUGGUUGGAAAAUCCUCCCUGAUGAAAAGUUUCGUUGAAGGAAAUUUCUCAUCAGUAUCUGACCCAACUAUUGGGGUGGAUUUUUUCUCUCGAACUGUACGAAUUCAAGAGGAAGUGUUUGUUAAACUGCAACUAUGGGACACUGCUGGUCAGGAGAAAUUUAGGUCUAUAACCGCAUCCUACUACCGAAACUGUGUUGGAGUCCUUAUUGUAUUUGAUCUAACUGACAGAGAGACAUUUGACCAUGUUGCUGAUUGGUAUGAAGAAGCUCGUGGUUCCAUCAAGUGCUCUGCUCCUGUAUUUAUAAUAGUGGGCCACAAAGCUGAUCGUCGUGAUGAGCGACAAGUGAGUAAAAUGGAAGCUCAAUCUCUUGCCCAACGACUUGGUGAUUACACCUACAUAGAAACAUCUUCACUUACUGGACAAAAUAUUGAAAGAGCCUUUGAACUUCUUGCUGAAGGAAUAUAUGCUAAUGUAAUAAAAGGAAGUUAUAAUGAGUUAUGCGCAGCCGGUAUUUGGGAUGGUGUUAAACAAGGUCAUAAUGCUGCAUUAGCUGCCUCAUUAGCAAAUAAAUCAAUACAUUUUGGACAAGAUGACUCCAAACCACACAGUGAUUGUUGUUAA